GUCAGCAUGUUCAGCAGCUCAAUGAUUUAAUCCGUUGCGCCACUGGGGGCUCUGUUUGCUUUCGUUGUUGCAAACUGAAUUCAAAGUGCAAAAAUAAAAGGGAAAGGAGAGGACAGAUGGAAUUCUUCCCUCUCCGAGUCGUCUCAAGCAAAAGCAAACUGCUGUAGCAUCUCCUACGGUAUGUUCUUCUUCAUUAAUAUCUUUUUGCAUCUUGACCUCACACUGGCAUUACUUGGCUAUGCGUGUUCCAGUUUAGUGUUGGAGGGCAUGAUGAUUAUUUUUUCUAUUAGAAACUAUGGCCAGGCUGUGGCACAGCUGGCUAGUAACCAGCUGCUAUAAAUCACUACUGACCAAGAGGUCAUGAGUUCGAAGCCCGGGUCGGGUUAAGCCUCCGACCAUUAAUAGCCCCGGCUUGCUGUUGACCUAUGCAGCCCCGAAAGACAGUUGCACCUGUCAAUUAGGAAAAUUUAGGGACGCUUUAUGCGGGAGGCUAAUUUACAACACCAUAAAACUGCCAGCAAAACACGAGGAAAGGAAUGAGGAAGUACAGCCACUAGUGGACGGUGAAGCAACAGCUCCCCCUUUGGCCGGAAUCGUGAAGCUGGAAAAAUGUUAAAAAAAUGCCUCUGAGUCUGUCUAAUGUAUGUUGUUUGUCUGUUGGCAUUGAAUAUUUGCCAUAUAUGUGUUCAUUGUAAUCCGCCCUGAGUUCCCUUCGGGGUGAGAAGGGCGGAAUAUAAAUACUGUAAAUAAAUAAAUGGCCAACAGCACCGUCACCCAAAACAUUUGAAUCCAAGUACUCAAUUCAAGCAGAGACUAAACUCCCACAGAACACACUGAAUGUUUUCCCCUUUUUGCCCUAUCUGAGAGGCUUGGCCUUCAUGCACCAAGGCGACGAUGAUGCCUUAUAUUUCCUUCUUCCGCCAAGGGCAGAAGAGCUGACAACACAGAAGUCUGAAGAAACAAUACGCGUUGACCUUCUGGAAAAUUACACUUAUCCUUAAAAUCCUUGCUGAACCAGAGGCAGGCAAGGUGAGAGGAGCCUUCGUAAACAAGACCGGUGCCACAGAAGCACAAAAGAAAACAAUCCCCACCCUGCUGCAUAAAGGCAAGCAGUUACAAAAACAGCGAAUGGCAGGCGGUUUCAGCAGCAGUCUUGCUGGGACAGAGGAAAGGUGAUCAUCAGGGGGGAAAGCCAUCUGUUCAUCCAGAGAGAGACAGGAAGAGGAAAGCUUGUUGACUGGGAUUUGCUGCAGGUCUACAGAAAGAAGGGGGUAUCGAAGAGCAUCUUCAACACCAAAGAUGUCCUUGGCUGUUGGCUUUGUUUCCCUUAUAUUUGUGCUGCCUUCUCUACAUGCGAGAGCAGCCCCAUCCUGUUCUGAUUUGGAUCCAGAGCUGGAACUUUGGGAUCCUGGGCACGAUGAAGAUAAUCGAGUGAACAUCAGCCAUGGGCAAAAGCUUCUUCUGGCCUCCUCUGCAACUGUCCACUCCAUCCACAUCACCAAUGGAGGAAAGCUAGUGAUUAAGGACGACACAAACCCAAUUGUUUUGCGAACUCGACAUAUUCUGAUUGAAAAUGAUGGCGCAUUCUAUAUUGGGAGCGAGAGCUGCCCUUUCCAGGGAAACCUAACCAUCAUUUUGUAUGGACGUGCCGAUGACGACACCCCUUCGGACAGUUACUUCGGGAAGAAGUAUAUUGGGGUUAUUGGCGGUGGGACCCUGGAGAUCCAUGGUGAGAAGAAGCUCUCCUGGACUUUCCUGAACAAGACUUUGAACCCAGGCGGCUUGCAGGAAGGUGGCUACUAUUUCGAACGCAGCUGGGGCCACCGUGGCGUCAUCGUCCACGUCAUUGAUCCAAAGACAGGGGCAGUUGUGCAUUCCGACAGAUUUGACACCUACAAGCUCAAAAGCGAAAGCAUCCGCCUCGUCCAGUAUUUGAACACAGUCAAUAAUGGCAAGAUCCUGUCGGUUGCAGUGAAUGAUGAAGGGUCCAAGAAUCUGGAUGACUCAGCCAGGAAAGCGAUGACCAAAUUGGGCAGCAAGCAUUUCCUCCACCUUGGCUUCAGGCAUCCGUGGAGCUUCAUUACAGUCAAAGGAAGGCCUUCUUCUUCUGUAGAAGAUCAUAUAGAAUACCAAGGACGUCAAGGUUCAGCAGUGGCCAAAGUAUUCAAAGUGUUCCAAGCAGAAAACGGAGAGCAUUUUAAUGUCUCUUCAACCAGUGAGUGGGUUCAAGAUGUUGCGUGGACUGAAUGGUUUGAAAAGCCUGAAAAAUCCAAAUCCAAAGAUGGGGAGAAACUUUCGGACUUCAGAGCUGCUCAUCCAGAAGUCUGUGACCACCCCCUUGAUAUCCAGGCGCUCACACUCGAUGGAGCUCCGUUGAUAGUGGAGGUUAUCUACAAAAACGGCCGUAAUUACAGGUUCUUUUGCCGGGGUGCGGGACAGACUUCUGGAGGCUGCCAUAAGUACAGAGUGCGCUUCUUAUGCGGAAAACCCGUGAGACCCAAGCUUACCGUCACGGUUGACACAAAUGUAAACAGCACCAUCUUGAGACUGGCAGAUAACGUGCAGUCAUGGAAAGUUGGAGACAGGAUUGUUGUGGCCAGCACGGAUUAUUCCAUGCAUCAAGCGGAGGAAUUCCAGAUCUUGCCAUGCAGAGCCUGUGGGCGCCAUGAAGUCAAAGUGGCAGGAAAAGCAACCUACCUUCACACCGGAGAAGUAAUUGACGGAGUGGAUAUGCGUGCCGAAGUGGGCCUGCUGAGCCGGAACAUCGUGGUGAUGGGAGAGACGGAGAAAGGAUGCUACGAUUACAAGACUGAUCUGUGCUCCUUCUUUGAUUUCGAUACAUUCGGUGGACAUCUCAAGUUUGGUCUUGGAUUCAAAGCGGUCCAUUUGGAAGGGGUUGAGCUGAAAUACAUGGGCCAGCAGUUGCUGGGACACUACCCAGUCCACUUCCACAUGGCGGGAGAUGUGGAUGAGGAAGGAGGCUACCACCCACCUACCUACGUGAAGGACAUCUCUAUCCAUCACUCCUUUUCUCGUUGUGUCACGGUCCAUGGCUCCAAUGGUUUGCUGAUCAAGGAUGUCGUUGGGUACGAUGCGUUGGGACACUGCUUCUUCACAGAAGAUGGGCCCGAGGUCCGCAACACGUUUGAUCACUGCCUUGGACUUGUGGUGAAGCCAAGCACAUUGCUGCCAUCAGAUCGGGACACAAGAAUGUGCAAGACCAUCACGGAAGAUGCUUACCCGGGAUAUGUGCCAAAGCCUAGGCAGGACUGCAAUGCUGUAUCCACUUUCUGGCUGGCCAAUCCACACAACAACCUUGUCAAUUGUGCAGCUGCGGGAUCCGAAGAAACUGGGUUUUGGUUCGUUUUGCAUCAUGUGCCAACGGGGCUUUCGGCAGGCAUGUAUCCUCCUGGCUUCUCUGAACACAUUCCAAUGGGGACGUUCUCUAACAAUCGGGCACAUUCCAACUAUCGAGCUGGAAUGAUCAUCGACAAUGGCGUCAAAACUACACCUGCAUCAGCCAAGGACAAAAGACCCAUCCUAACCUUGAUUGCUGGAAGGUACAGCCCGCAUAAAGAUUCGGACCCUUUGAAGCCCCGGGAACCGGCCAUCAUCCGGCACUUUAUUGCCUACAAGAACCAAGACCAUGGCGCUUGGCUGCGGGGAGGAGACGUGUGGCUGGAGGCCUGCCAGUUUUCUGACAAUGGCAUUGGCCUCACGUUGGCAAGCGGAGGCACCUUUCCUCACGAUGACGGAUCAAAGCAAGAAAUAAAGAACAGCCUCUUUGUAGGCGAAAGUGGAAAUACGGGGACCGAAAUGAUGGAUAACCAUGUCUGGGGCCCCGGAGGCUUGGACCACAGCGGGCGGACUCUUCCCAUUGGACAGAAUUUCCCAAUUAGAGGGAUUCAGUUUUAUGAUGGGCCCAUCAAUGUCCAGAAUUGCACGUUCCGGAAAUUUGCUGCCCUGGAAGGACGCCACACCAGUGCCUUGGCCUUCCGACUGAACAACGCCUGGCAGAGCUGCCCAAACAACAACGUCACAAACAUCUUCUUCGAAGAUGUCCCCAUAACUUCUAGAGUAUUCUUUGGAGAACCAGGACCUUGGUUCAAUGGGCUGGAUAUGGAUGGAGACAAAACUUCUGUUUUCCACGAUGUAGACGGCUCUGUAUCUGAAUAUCCUGGAUCGUACCUGAUCAAAGAAGAUAACUGGCUGAUCCGGCAUUCAGACUGCAUUGAUGUCCCAGACUGGAGGGGCUCGAUCUGCAGUGGACAGUUUGCACAGGUAUACAUCCAAGCCUACAAAUCAGCCAACACGAGGAUGAAGAUCAUAAAAAAUGACUACUACACCCAUCCAUUAUACUUAGAAGGGGCUCUAAGUAAAAGCACCCACUACCAGCAAUAUCAGCCUGUGAUCACUCUGCAGAAAGGCUACACCAUCCAUUGGGACAAGACCGCUCCAGAGGAACUGGCCAUCUGGCUUAUUAAUUUCAACAAGAAUGAUUGGAUCGCAAUUGGGUUUUGUUAUCCUAGGGGGACAACAUUCUCCAUUCUCUCGGAUAUCCAUGAUCGGCUUACGAAGAAAACAAACAAAACUGGUACAUUUUACCCGGCUCUUCAAAUGGACAAACUUGAGUAUCGAAACCCUACCAAGGGGUACUACUAUUGGGAUGAAGAGACUGGGUUAUUGUUUCUCAAGCUAAGAGCUCAACAUGAAAAAGAGCCCUUUGCCUUCUGCUCGGUCAAAGGCUGUGAGAGAAUCAGAAUCAAAGCCAACAUCCCCAGGAACCCAGAGAGCAGUGACUGUGAAGCUAAAGCCUACCCAAAACAUGCCGAAAAACCAUCUAUAGAAGUACCAAUGCCCAAGAAGCUUCCUAGCACAAUUUCAAAGAGGGACCAUUUUGUGGAAGUGAAGAUCGAUAGCUACAAGACUAGAUAUUUCCAUCUCCGGGAUGACUUCGCAUAUAUUUCCGUUGAAGGAAAAAAGUUUCAUCUUUCUGAAGACGGGAUCCAAGUAGUUGUGAUUGAUGGGCACAAUGGAAAAAUCGUUGAUCAGACGAGUUUCAGAAACUCCAUUCUGCAAGGAAUUCCAGCGCAGAUAGAAAACUAUGUCAAUAACAUCCGGGACAAUUCCAUAGUGGUGAUAACAUCCAAAGGAAAAUUAAACACAAAAAGCCCAUGGACUAAAAUCCUGGACAGGCUUGGAGCAGAGACAGGCUUUAAAUUAAAAGAUAAAUUGGCUUUUGUUGGAUACAAGGGCAGCUUCCGUCCAUACUGGGUAAAACUGAAAACAGACGAUGAGGCAGUGAGGAUCUUCCAAGCUUUGCCAGUUCCAGUGGUGAAGAAAAUGAAAUUGUGAGGAAUUUGUCUAUGUCAUCGUUCUGCUUUUCUCAACAACGCAUCCUCAACAGAGAAGACAUUGAGGACAGCAGUGCCCGUGGCCCUUAAAAGAUGUAAUAUAUUUUGUUGAUGUACAUAAAAGAAAUCUUAUAUAAAUGAAUUAAGAGGCCGCAUCGGCCCACCAGCAUUCCUGAACCACUUUAAGUCAAGUUCAUUGAUCUGCUUUUGAAGAAUGAAUCAAUUGUCCUCUUCUCACAGACAAACAUGAAGGCAAGGAGGAGUUCAUCCUUUGUAGCCAUGUCCUUUCUGAAAGGCAUUGAGUUUGCCACUGUGUGAACAGAAUACUGGAAGAGAUGGGGCCUUGAUUAGGUACAAUUAGGUUCCUAAUCUUUAAUUUCACAUUCAUUGUAGUAGAAUUACAGCCUAUCUCGUGUUUGUGCACAGGGGUCUCAGGUACACAGUGCUGCUUCUCCUACUUUAGCCUUCAAAUACUUAUUUUUAAUGUUUUAAAACAACUACUCAGGAAAAAGUUUUACUUCUAAUUCUAUUAAACAGCUAGCAAAAGAACUGUUGGAACCCCACAACUUUCUAGAAUGUUGGGCCUCUUGAAGGGACACUGCGGACAUUGAACACAAAAGGGAAGUUUGUUAAGUGUUAAAUGGGUCACAGGGCUCAUAAACAGGUACAUCAUAAUCCAGGACUGGGCCAGAGCACUACUAUUUUGGACCAGUCCUGGAUUCAGCUGAGCUGUUUACAUGUUCUGUUCCAAGCUACAGCAAUUGCAAGAACUGGGUUAAUUGGUUUUACCCUGUCUUACCAACCAAAAGUCCCUGGAUGUCAUCUUGGACAUGCAGAGGCAACUUGUGGUUGAAAUCAGUGUAAAGGGCCAGCUUAACAAGGCCAAACACCUAUUUAAUAACUGUGGGGAAGUACAAGCAAAUACCAGUGAUCUGCCGAAUUACUAUCAGUGGCACUUUGGUGAUUUAGCAUUUCUUACAAAAGAAAGUAAAAUAACUAGUACACAAACUUGACAAUUCACAACAUGUACAAGAGAUUGUUUGCUAGUCUUCACAAAACCUUGAGAUUGUCUGGAUAAAAAAGUCAGUUAAUGGUGAUAAGUAAAUAUUGUGCUGUUCCUUUCCUUAGCACCAAAAAUGUUGCAAGUUCUAACAAACAAACAAAACCAGUAACACUGAACAAUAUACAUUUUGGUGCCUCAAAUGUUAGACCCGUUUCUGGGUAUAUCUGACCUGUUGAUUCCAAAAAUGGCACCAGUUUUCCCCGUCAGCUCGAGUUUUUGAGAUACAGAUCACAUGCCAUAUACCAACUUUCCUCGGCUUGUCCACAGAAAAUCGUGAUAGCCAUAUUUAAAAAACUAAAAUUGGUGCAGUCUCUCCAGUGCUAUUUCCUGAAUCAGAAGUUCAAAGAAGAGGUCUAAAAACCAAGAUAAUUAUUUUUGUUGGACUGUGUUACAUAUAAUGAUUAGAAAUAUCCAUGGGACAUCAGCACAAUAGUUUUGAUCCCGUGCUUUGGCAUCUAAAUCAAUGUAUCUGAAUUUCCCCUACUUGAAUUAGAAAGCCAAAUCUCAGCAGCCAUCAACCAGUUAUUUUUUUCUUUUCAAGAACCAACUCAGUAUCACCAAACUGUUUCUAUAUGUGCCCUUUCGUAGUUACAUGACCAACUGAUGUUAGGAUGUAUAAUAAUUAUUAUAAGAAUUGACCAUUCACAACUCGUGAAUCACUGCUUUUCAAAGGCUGUAAUGUAGCAAAUUGCUUCCCUCGAACCUUCACCCAAUGGACAUCAUUCUUUAAGAGGGUUUUUGGUGUGCACAUGCCUGUUUACCCGAAAUAGCUGGUCCUUUUUCGGAACUAGAUGUAUAGUGUUUUGUAUAUUUUCUUAACGUUCCUGUCCAAAUAAAGAGAUAUAUUUUCUAUUUAUUUAUUGCAAAGGCACUAAAAAAAGGAUUAAAUCUGAAGAGAGCAAAGCUAUGAUGGAGUUUGCCAAGGAACAAGGACUUGGAAACUCAUCUCAGAUUGUCUGCUUUGCACUUGAAAAAUUUCUCAUGGCCACAGAAUGUGGUACUCUCUUGGCAUCCAGUUUUUGUAAUGAUUUUUUAAAAAAUUGCAAUGUUACUUCCAAAUGUAUUUGCUUACAAUUUAACAGCCAGCUAUUUGGAACACACCAUUUACUGGAUUAAAAGUUUCGAUGCAAUCUUUGAACACUUUUGUCAUGGUUUGUGUUUGAUUACUUUCUUGUAAUGAGCUGCUGGUAUACAUGCGAUUUUGGAAAAGUAACAGAAUUAUCCUUUCUAUAAACUGUGUAUGAAAUAUAUGUAGGGCUCAGCUACGCUGGAGAGUUUGACCUAUUGUAAAUCUGCCCCAGUAAGAGGAAUCUCUUUACUGGAAAGGCAUUUAAAACCCUCUGUGACAUCUUAAGCUUGGCCUAGAAGCAAUACAACUUCAAAAAAGCAACAACUUCAUAGCCUAAGGGCCUAAAGCAAUCAAUACUGCCUUGGAAGAUCCUAUCAAUAUAAUUUAAAAUGGAUUAGAGACAAAUGUUCAGAUUUCAGAGAAAGCAAGUGUACUUAAGAUUCCUAUACUCGACAUAUUUCAACAGCAAAAAUAGAUACAGAGCUAACUAUUUUAAGCAUAUCAUGCCGGGUAACCUACUUUACAUAUUUUCCUUAUGUUUAACCAGUGGUGUGCUGUCGCUUUCCAUGUAAAAGUGCAUUCCCAAGCAUGUCUCACAAGUCUUAAUUUAUAGAAAAUCCUAAACUGGUAAGUUUGCCUUAAGGUCACCAUAAGUCAGCAAUGACUUGAAGGCACACAACGGCACCAAAACAAAGCCUAAAGAUCUAAGGUCUUUUGUCUUUUUAAUAAAACUUUAUGGCUCUUCUGGUAUCUGGUACAGGCCAAUCCUGCUCCAAUGGCUUUGACAGAUCCAACUGAAGAAAGAGAAAAUCCCUUCCUGAGCAUGGGGAAAGCAGAAUUUAAAGAUGAAAGAGGGGUAUUUUCCAGAAGACAAAUGUUAAUGGUACAUCUCUUAGUGGCUCAAAUGAAGAAUUCAAUAAAGUUUUGUGGACCCAUCUGACUGGACUGGAAAAACUGGGAAGUUCCUGUUUAUUUUCAUGUCUUUGCAAAGAGUAAUUGCAAUAGUACUCCUCAUAAAUCAUCUUAUAAAACUGGGUGGGGAAUAUUUGGUCCCCAAGAUGUUUUCUA